GUGCUCUGGGGGCAGGGAUCUGGCUGCACCUCCUCUUCCUCAUCCCGCGUAGGGAGGUAACAGGGCGGGGGCGCAGCCCGGCGGGAGGCACUGCCCGAGGAGGAGGAAGAGGAGGAGGAGGAGGAGGAGGAGGAGGAGGAGGGAGGGCCGGGACUCCGCAGCUCCGCUCGGACACACCAUGAGCGGGGCGGGGGGCAGCGCGACCCCCCCGGCAUCCCCGCAGGACUAUGAGCUGGCCGGCAAGGUGAUGUUGCUUGGAGACUCGGGUGUGGGGAAAACCUGCUUCCUGCUCCAGUUCAAAGACGGAGCCUUUCUCUCCGGGACGUUCAUAGCCACCGUGGGCAUAGAUUUCCGGAACAAGGUAGUGGCUGUGGAUGGGGUGAAGGUGAAGCUGCAGAUCUGGGACACGGCAGGACAGGAGCGGUUCCGCAGCGUGACCCACGCCUACUACAGGGACGCCCAAGCCCUGCUCCUGCUCUACGACAUCACCAGCAAAAUGUCCUUCGACAACAUCCGCGCCUGGCUGACGGAGAUCCACGAGUACGCCCAGAAGGAUGUGGUCAUCAUGCUGCUGGGCAAUAAGGCCGAUGUGAGCAGUGAGAGGAUGGUGAGGACAGAGGAUGGAGCCUCGCUGGCCAGGGAAUACGGGGUGCCCUUCAUGGAGACGAGCGCCAAGACCGGCAUGAACGUGGAGCUGGCCUUCCUGGCCAUUGCCCGGGAGCUGAAGCAGAGAGCGGUGCAGCUGCCGGACGAGCCCCGCUUCCAGAUCCACAACUACAUCGAGGCGCAGCAGAAGAGAUCUGGCUGCUGCGCCUUCAUUUGAUGGGGAUGGGCACAGAGUGGCUGCCUCGGGCACGGCGGGCUGGGAGGAGCAGGGCCGAAUCCUGCCCGUGAUGGAGCAGAGGGUCACGGCCCUGCUCCUGCAGGGCUCUGGGCAGGGCCGGAUCCCGCUGCCCUGUGGGGCUGCGCCAGGAUCUCCCCGCAUGCCCCAGCCACGCUGUCAGCACCAGCCCAGCUGGAGGGCCGCGGUGAUGCCACCGAGCAGGACGCAGGGUGCAGGAUGCAGACCCAGCGCCUGGCUUCUCCCCCACCGUGCACUCAGUGCUGCACUCCCGCGCCUGCACAGGCCCCGAUCCGGCCCCACUGCGCUCUGCAGAACCGCCGGCCCUGAGCGGUGCCCCUCACCUCCACGUGCUGGGGUGUCCCCGCCUGUCCCUCCCGCUGCAGCUGGCACCAGACUCAGACACCCCCGGAGCACCCGGUGACCGCCGAGGGCACUUCCAGCACACACAGCAGUUUGGAAAAGCUUUAUUUUCCCCCCCUUGCAGCUGCAGAAAUUGGGAGCUUUUUUACUGUUAUUUAUUUCCCUUUGAGGGAAAGGCUUUCUUCUUUCCAGUCGUUCCAGACAAACCCAUCACUCAGGCCGCGGAUGGGGCUGAUGUGGCCCACGGCAUCACACACUCAGGCGCCAUGCUGCAUGGGGCACGGAGAUGGAAUAUUUGGGUGUGCUGCUCAGGACGCCAAGGGCAGCUGCAGAGGGCACGACUCCAAUUCACUUGGGGUCAGCUGGGCACAUCCAUCCCCACGAGCUCCCUCCCUGCCCCGGAGCCCCCUUCACCCCGCGCUCCCCUCAGGUCUCUCUUUGCAAGUGUACAGAUUAAAGCUGGAUAUUUUCAAGGCUUUGCAUCUGCCUGCUUUUUCUCUGCGUGAGAAAUCCCUGCCCCGAGCCCUCCAUGUGGGAGGCUGCACGGCAGGGCUGGGAGCGGGAUGUGGGGCAUGCAGCG